AUGACACUGGGUAUGGCUGGUAUCAUUCUGUGUUACCCUGUAGCCUACUGGUCGUUCAUCAUGGCCUACCUUGUUGCCGUAGGCAGCACUAUAAAACGUGAUCAAAAGGUUGCUGCUGCAGCUGGUUGUUUUAUGUGGACGGAGUGUGCCGCAUAG